GCAAAUUUGGAAAGGGAUACCGGUGGUAUGUACGAGGUGGUGCUGCAUGUGUACGACUUGACGCGUGGCAUGGCGCGGCAGAUGUCGCCCGCGCUUCUAGGCCGACAGAUUGAAGGGGUGUGGCACACGGGAGUCUUUGUGUAUGAGAAGGAGUACUUCUUCGGUGGCGGUAUCCAGGCCAUCCCUCCCGAAUACGUGGUCGAAACGUACGGGUCACCGGUGCAAGUGCUUCGACUGGGGACGACCCAAGUCCCACACGAAGCGUUUAUGGCGUUCCUCCAAGACGUGAGUCCACGUUUCACGGCUGCCUCGUAUAACUUGCUCACGAACAACUGCAACAACUUUUCAAACGAAGUCGUCAACUUCCUCGUCGGCACUAGCAUCCCUCAGCACAUCUUGGACCUUCCGAACGAAGUCUUGUCAACCCCCAUGGGUGCUAUGUUUCGUCCCAUGAUCGAACAAAUGCAAGCGAACAUGGCCGUCAACGUCCAGUCGCACUGUGGCGGCAACCCGCUACCGUCGUUCCCAGCACCUUCAUUCCUUACUGCGCCAUCUCACGUCGCUGCACGACAACCCACCGCCGCCGCCGCCACGGUCGUCCCAAAGUCCUUGGACAGCUACACCCGGCCCUUGAUCUGUGGCGACCCCGCAUUGCAUGUGGAUCGGAUUUUGUCACACGUUUCAGCUGUCCAUUCGUUGUCGUCGGAGGACCUUGCGGCGUUUCAACGACUGGCGGCGUAUGCCAAAGCCACGUCUCCCCCGUCACCGUUGCCCGACGACGACAGGUCCAUGUGGUGGCCAGCACUUUUGCGCCUUCUCCGUCAAACCACCUCGAACAACAGCCAUCCAUUCAUGGCCCUCUGUCUCGUCCGCGUGGUGGUGCUGGUGGCCGAAGUGGCCCCGGCGGCGACCCCCCCACCCCCCGACGCUGCGUCCGUCGUCGCGCUUCUCGUGGAUCACGUGGACCAACCGUCCGCCGAAACCUUCUCGUCGGCCCUUCGUAUCGUCUACUUGAGUCUCCUUGCGACCAUCCUGGCGACGCCAUCCGCCGCGGCGCUGCUGGCACCCCAUGCGCUACGCUUCUUGCCGUUUGUGUGGUCGACGUGGCAUCGCCUGCCGCGUUCGCAUCCAGCAGCCGCGGUCGCAUCUGCCAUCGUGUUCAACUUUGCACAGACUGUGGACCUGGCUUUAGACUGGACGGUGCAGUUCACGGUCGUGGGUGGUGUCGCAGAAACCCUCGACAUGUAUGCGACAUCGUCGGUGGAGUUGUCGACGCACGAUCAAGAAGCGGUCGAGCGGUUGGUGGCGGCUCUGGGUCGGUUGCUCCGACAAGUGCCGUCGGCGCGGGCGUUGGCCGUCGAAGUCGGGCUCGUUCAUGUGCUGACCCGACUGAAACCAAAAGUAGCUGCGACGCAUGGAGCGCUCACCGCACAAGUGCUGGGAUUGAUUUAACAUGGAUACAAUAUAGAUCUCUGUCACAUAUAUACAUACACUCGAACGGCAGACCAUCAUCGUUGUCGAUCGAAUGAUUGUCCGACUGCACGGCACAACUGUACCAUAAGGAUCC